GGUACUGGUGCAAGGACCCGUACACAUCACAAAACAUCGCGCAAAACUCUACUAGUAGAUCUGCGUGUCCCAUGUCUGGUAUCAUAGAACACAAACAACGGCUUGACAGCAAGCUAAUAGAAGUCAGUAAAAGCAUACACCAUGGCUGAUAUUGCUCCCUUUGUAGCCGCCACCCUCCGAGACAAGGUGGUGGCGGAAAUGGAACAAGAGAUUCAAUCGCUACGCCGUCAAUUAGGUUUCAGUCGACGCAUUGAAAUCCUAUCCGUCUCCUCGUCCAUGGAAGAGAGUACCAGCAGCAUCGGUCUGGAUAUUUCUCAACGGUAUUCCGGUAUCAGAAAUGGCGGUGCCAGUGCCGUGGUUCUGGCGCAAGGACAAAUCGAACAAGGGAGCUACGAUAACGGUGGUAGUUGGAUGCGUGUGGAGUUAUCGGGGCCCACAACAGCUACCCAAGAGGAAGAAGAAAAGGCAUUGAACCUGGAGGAGGACGAUUGCAACCACGGAAAUUCCACUGGCAUUCCCUUGAGUGAACUCUGCAAUCUCCGCAUUUGCGUGGGAGGACUCCACCAGGGUCAACUCUCGUCCAUUAGUGAUUUCAGACCCGAUUUUGAUGCUACCCUGGGCAACUCGGAACAUUCCAAGGGUGUCUUGUUGACGGCCCAAAGCAAGCAACUGGCGGUCCAAGUUGUCGUCCAUGGAUGGCCCGUUCAAGAUUGGGGCGAAAUUGCCAUGGCCAAUACGCACAGCCAAGAUGCCUUGGAUUAUUUGGCCUUGACGUUGCCCUCAAGGUAUCCGCAUGCCACGGUAUCCUUUCCGGCCGCCUACCUGUUUACCGAUGUCAACAAGGGCGCCAUUCGCAAUCUACCCCGCAACGUACGGGCCAAACUCGAACAGGGAUUGGAAGAAUCGCAAUCGCAGUUCUUGUUCCUCAAAUUGGUCACCAAUCGAUUGCGGUUUGUGCUGGAUGAUGACAAUGAAAAUCCGGAUGCCUUGGUCCCACAAGUUCGUCGUGUCAUGGAUGCCUUGGCCAUGUUGGAUAUCCACAAUCUGCAAGACUUGGAUCAGGGACAGAACAAGCAGACCAUGGAGUAUCUUAUCCAAAUGCACAAGAUUUCUCUCGAUUGUGGACAACAGCAGGGAACCUUUGAGGCAUGUAUCAAUGGAUUGCUGUUGCAGAAACAGCGCAAGCUAGAACAACAACGACAGCGGGGAUUGGCGAAAUAAAUUGGAGCAGAGACCUGACCUGCCAACCUUGGCGACACGCACUGCAGCACCAUGGCUUGCCCUAUCGACAAUCUACAAAACCAAACCUGUUGGACUUGAGAGCCAUCUCGUACUAUAGAAGAGCACUCAGAGCUCGCCUUGAUGCAAGGACCUGGAGGAACCGUUCAUGGCGAUCCUACAAGCAGAUCCCUGCUGUAUCUUUUGACAUCAGUUUUAAUUCUAUAGAGUUCAUUCGUUAGAAGUUC